AUGGAACCGUACUGCCUGCCUGCGGUCACUACUGAGUGGUACAUACGGGCCAUUGACGAGACGAGAGUGUGUGUCCCAGACCAGACGCACGCCGCCUCACGCAGCCUCACGCCGCCCCGCCUCACGCCUCCUCACGCCGCCCCGCCUCACGCCGCCCCGCCUCAUGCCUCCUCACGCCGCCCCGCCGCACGCCGCCCCGCCUCACGCCUCCUCACGCCGCCCCGCCUCACGCCUCCUCACGCCGCCCGCCUCACGCCUCCUCACGCCGCCCCGCCUCACGCCUCCUCACGCCGCCCCGCCUCACGCCGCCCCGCCUCACGCCUCCUCACGCCGCCCCGCCUCACGCCGCCCCGCCUCACGCCUCCUCACGCCGCCCCGCCUCACGCCGCCCCGCCUCACGCCUCCUCACGCUGCCCCGCCUCACGCCGCCCCGCCUCACGCCUCCUCACGCCGCCCCGCCUCACGCCGCCCCGCCUCACGCCUCCUCACGCCGCCCCGCCUCACGCCGCCCCGCCUCACGCCUCCUCACGCCGCCCCGCCUCACGCCGCCCCGCCUCACGCCUCAUCACGCCGCCCCGCCUCACGCCGCCCCGCCUCACGCCUCCUCACGCCGCCCCGCCUCACGCCGCCCCGCCUCACGCCUCCUCACGCCGCCUCACGCUGGGACAGGAGACGCUGAUCAAAGGACUGUCACCCAGCUCCCCCAGGACUGCCGUGCAGCUCCCCCAGGACUGUCACCAAGCUCCCCCAGGACUGCCGUGCAGCUCCCUCAGGACUGUCGCCCAGCUCCCCCAGGACUGCCGUGCAGCUCCCUCAGGACUGUCGCCCAGCUCCCCCAGGACUGCCGCCCAGCUCCCCCAGGACUGCCGCCCAGCUCCCCCAGGACUGCCGCCCAGCUCACCCAGGACUGUCGUCCAGCUCCCCCAGGACUGUCACCCAACUCCCCCAGGACUGUCGCCCAGCUCCCCCAGGACUGUCGCCCAGCUCCCCCAGGACUGUCUCCCAGCUCCCCCAGGACUGUCUCCCAGCUCCCCCAGGACUGCCGUGCAGCUCCCUCAGGACUGUCGCCCAGCUCCCCCAGGACUGCCGCCCAGCUCCCCCAGGACUGCCGCCCAGCUCCCCCAGGACUGCCGCCCAGCUCACCCAGGACUGCCGUGCAGCUCCCCCAGGACUGUCACCCAACUCCCCCAGGACUGUCGCCCAGCUCCCCCAGGACUGUCGCCCAGCUCCCCCAGGACUGUCUCCCAGCUCCCCCAGGACUGUCUCCCAGCUCCCCCAGGACUGCCGUGCAGCUCCCUCAGGACUGUCGCCCAGCUCCCCCAGGACUGCACGCCCAGUUCCCCCAGGACUGCCGCCCUGCUCCCCCAGGACUGCCGCCCAGCUCACACAAGACUGUCGUCCAGCUCCCCCAGGACUGCCGCCCAGCUCCCCCAGGACUGCCAUGCAGCUCCCCCAGGACUGUCACCCAGCUCCCCCAGGACUGUUGCCCAGCUCCCCCAGGACUGCCGUGCAGCUCCCCCAGGACUGUCACCCAGCUCCCCCAGGACUGCCGUGCAGCUCCCUCAGGACUGUCGCCCAGCUCCCCCAGGACUGCCGCCCAGCUCCCCCAGGACUGCCGCCCAGCUCACCCAGGACUGUCGUCCAGCUCCCCCAGGACUGUCACCCAGCUCCCCCAGGACUGCCGUGCAGCUCCCCCAGGACUGUCACCCAACUCCCCCAGGACUGCCGCCCAGCUCCCCCAGGACUGUCGCCCAGCUCCCCCAGGACUGUCUCCCAGCUCCCCCAGGACCUGUCUCCCAGCUCCCCCAGGACUGCCGUGCAGCUCCCUCAGGACUGUCGCCCAGCUCCCCCAGGACUGCCGCCCAGUUCCCCCAGGACUGCCGCCCUGCUCCCCCAGGACUGCCGCCCAGCUCACCCAGGACUGUCGUCCAGCUCCCCCAGGACUGCCGCCCAGCUCCCCCAGGACUGUCGCCCUGCUCCCCGAGGACUGCCACACAGAAGAAAUACCAGCCCACGGAGAGAAAGAAGCAGGAGAUUGAUCUUCACUCAACUCUCUAG